CCGCACCGCAGGACGAGCGGGCGUGCCGACGGCCGCCGCCGCCGACGGCCAAGUAAAAGGCUCCGGCGGCGUUUGGCGGUCAGGGGCGGCAGCAGUGUCCGGCGAGCGGGGAGCCCGUGCGGACCGAGAGCGAGAGUGUGCCCACCGCGACCGAGCUCCGCACGGAACAUGUGAGCGAGCCAGCGCGCGCACAGUCACCAGUGUCCGUAGUGUUUGUGUGUGUCCCACCGGUAUCGUCACUGGUCGUUUUAGAAUGUCCCCGAUGGUGCGUUGGAUCAGCCUCUCGCUGGCCCUGCUGGCCGUCUGCUCGUUUGGAUCACCCCAGCAAGCAUCCAACAACGUCCCGUUCACUGCAUUCGGCUCGCCAGCACAGCAGCGGCAGCGGGAGCGGCAGCAGGGCGCGCGACUGCUCAACAACAACGUCCUGUCGUUCCAGUCUCGGCCGCCUGGGUUCCCGUUCAACGCUCCGCAGCAGUUCCCUCAGCAGCAGCAGCAGCGGCCGUUCACCGCCUUCCGCCAGCAGCCGCAACAGCAGUUCCGACCGCCGGCGCAGCCGCAGUUCGGCCAGUUCCGGCCAGUGCUGCGCUUCCCGCCACAGCAACCACAGGAACAGCAGCAGCAGAGGCAGGAGCAACAGCAGCAGAAUGUGUUCCGCGCGCCGCCGGUAACGCAGCGGCCGCGGCCUCGCCCCACGCUCUUCCAGUUUGUGAACCGGCCACCUACGACGCCGGCGCCCACUGAGAGCCCCACUCUACGCUCCAACGAGGUGACUGUGUUCGAGCCGGAGCUGACGGAGCCACGCGGCCGGUUCGGCGCCCCGCCGGCUCCCCGACCCACGCCCCAGUUCUCGGCGCCUCAGACGUCACCGGCGCCGCCGCCUCGCAGGACACCGUUCGUGUUCUUCGGCAGGCCAAGGAGCACGACCGAGCCCACCGAGCAGCCGCCCAGCGAACAGCCACCGCCAACCACCGAGACCUCGUUCACAACCGAGGACCUCACUGGAGACGGAGGGCUGCUUGACUACGGUGACUAUCCGGAGGGAGACCUGUUUUAUGACUAUGUGGACGAAGUUGGUGAUGUCUUCCCGAGCGUUACUGAGAACAGUAUCGAGGCCAGCACGGCGAGCGCCCUCAGUCAGUUUGCCGACACGACCGAGAGCAGUUCGAUCACCACUGCUGCGGGCGGGGACGCCGUCUUCACCGACUCCGAGACACCGUUCGACGCCACCAGUGAACCAGAGACCACCACUGAGUUGGCAACUGCCAGGCCUGCGGAGACCACGGAGCCGUUGUCGGCCGCCGACGUCGAAGCGACCGAGUUCGUGCCUGAUGUCACCGCGACCACGGCUCGGCCUUUGUCCGUCUCCAGCGACAGCGAACUUCAGUCGCUGGACUCUGUAGACCUGGGUACCGUGAGUGCGACUGCCGCACCUCUGCCAGCGAGCACAGAGCCGUCACUCUCCGACACGGACUUCACCACGGCCAUCACCGCGCCGCCCACCAACCGGAUCACCCGCGAGACGACACCGUUCGCGCCACGACCCACACGGCCCUCCUUCCAACGGCGCCGGCCCUCCUUCCGGGAUCGGCUACAGGGACGCAGCCAGGACGGAGGCGCAGCCGAGGAGGCCACACCAGAAAAGGAGACGCCGGCACCGCGCCGCCUGUCCCUCAGGGAGCGGCUGCGGCAGCAGCUUCUGGAACAGCAACGGGAGCAGGCCUCGGCAGCUGCUACUGAUGAGGCGACCGAAGAGCCUGAACCAACUACCAGACCUUCGCCGCGGGCCAGCUUCCGAGAGACAACAAGAGCACCCUCGACUGAGGCAACUACGUCACGUCGCCUUCCGACGGCGACCCGACGACCUCGUCCACCCAUCAGUAGCAGCGGCGGCGGCGGACUCGCCUCGCUGCUCAGCCAGCUGAAGGACGAAGAGUCCCCGGUUGAGGAGACCACGGCCGCCGCUACGGACGCACCCGAGACAGAAGCGACAACUGAGCAGAUUGAGACCACCACUGCCCGCAGAGCACCCAGUCCUCGCCGAGGACUGGCGGAUAUCAUCGCCAAUGGCUCCCCGGAGCGACCUCGGGCAGUUCAGUCCCUGAUCGAGCGUCUGCGUGGCAGUGCUUCCAGCACGGAACGUCCUGGAGCCAACCGAGACGGCAAGGAACUCCGGGCGGACAGUGAGCGCCAGCGGCCGGUACGUCUGCCACCGCGCAGAAGGCCGGGAUCACGCACCACGACCACGACGACAACGGAGCCGGCGCCGCCUGCCACGGAGUCAGCUGCUGAGUUGGCUGUGGUUGAGGAGGAUGUGUCACGCUUCCUUCCGCCCGGCUUCAAGCCCGUCUCCGAGUCGGUCGAAACUACCACGCUGCGUACCGACGGAGGUGUAGUCAUCAUCGAGGAGGACAUCAACCCCGACCUCCUGCCGGAGAACUUCAAACAGCAGGUGCGUGAGGACCUCGAGAGCUCCAGCACACCGAAACUGACGCCGCCGCCGCAGACGUUCACACCUAAGGUCGAGGUUCAGGAUGUGGAAGACCUGUCUUCGUUCCUGCCUCCCGGGUUCCAGCUGGAGUCGGUGAGCACCACUAGUGAGAAGAAGCAGCCGGUCAUCAUUGAGGAGGACGUGUCCGCCUUCUUGCCGCCCGGCUUCAAACCUGUGGAAACUACCACGACAGAAAGUUCUGGGCUGCCAGUCGUCGCCAUCGAAGAGGACGUUUCUGCCUUCCUCCCGCCAGGCUACAAGCCCGCAGAAACGACCACCAAAUCCAGUCUCCCGGUCGUCGAGGAGGACGUUUCCGCCUUCCUUCCGCCGGGUUUCAAGCCACGAGAAAAAGCCACCUCCACGUCUAGGCCCAGUGUUCCCAUCGUCGUCGAGGAGGAUGUAUCGGCGUUUUUGCCGCCGGGCUACAAGCCUCCAUCGACCACGACUUCAGAUAGUGACUCAGAAACUCCGGCCGUGACCGUAGUGGAGCAGGACGUGUCGGCCUUCCUACCUCCGGGAUACAAACCUGACAGCCAGGACCCCACAACCACCGAGAAAUCCAGCACGAGGGCACCGAGCAGGAAGGGCGGCAUCGUCUUCCCGGGCGGCAGCAACAAGGAGAGGAAGCCACUGGAUCUGAACCUGCCGCUCGGCCGUCCUGACGACAGCAGCGAGGCUGGAGGCAGCACGCCGCUGCCGCCUUCCGCAUACGAUCUGGAGAACCCCGGCAAGGGCCUGUUCUCACGGCUCGGCGACCGACCGAAGUUUACGGGCUGGCCAAGCCCUCCUCCGAAGCCGACGGUGCCGGGUGAGGUCAGGACGACCAAAUCAACCACGCCUCUGCCGACGGCGGCCACCACCACUACCACCACCACGACCACGACCACGACUCGCGUGCCGACCACGCCUGGCGUGUGCGGCUCCAACUGCCGCAUGGCCAGCUCGGUGCGCAUCGUGGAGGGCCUCACCUGGAGGCCGGAGCUGGCAGUGCGGAACACGGAGCCGUGGAAGGACGCCGCCGAGCUGGUCACACUCGAGCUCACCGAGGCAUUCAAGGCGUCCCCGCUGGGGGUCUGGUUCGACAAGGUCGUCAUCGACUCGUUCAGUAAGGGUAGCGUCGUGGUCGACUACUACCUCCUGCUCAACAACGCAGUGGGCGAGCUGAGCACGCAGGACGUGAACGUGCUGUUCAAGGAGAAGCUGCGCGCCACCACCAUGGAGAUGUCGGACGGCGAAGAGCAGACCGUGCUGCAGAUGGGCAGCCUCUCCAUCGACCCCGGAUUCACCGACUUUGUCGUGCAGCGGCCGCAGCCCGUUGUGGCCAAGGAGGAGGACAACUACCUGAUCCCCGAAUGGAGCAUCGCCGUCAUCGUCAUCGGCCUCACCGCGCUGCUCUUCAUGCUCAUCUUCGGCAUCGUGCUGAUGUGGAACCGUCGAAAGCGGCGUGCCCGGGCACCUCGCACCACCGUGCCUCUGACGGCUGACAUGCUCAAUGAGCUCGACAAGAGUCACAUGGCCGGCGUCGACAACUACGGGGUGGAGGACGUCUACGAUCCGGAUGACGCGUGGAACAACGAGAAAGUUACCUACGACCGGCGGCUGCGCUCGGCCAGCCGCGCCCGGAAUGACGACACCAAGAACUACAACAUCUACGACAGCUGGCGCAGCGACUACUCGGGCGCGCACGGCUCGGCCGCCGGCUGGAGUCGCAACAAGAUCGAAAACUUCGACGACGAUCCCGAUGAUUUCUGAGUGCCGCCUUUUGGACGCUAAGCGAGCGCGCGUGCGAGUGGGAAAGAGGCGGGAGUGAGAGACAGAGGAGAGGCGAGAGACUGCGUGUGGCGUGCGAACUGCGACAGAGGCGUCUUUCACGGGAGCGAGACAGUCUGGGGCGACGCCGAGCGACGCCACAGACCGAGUGAGUAAGUGAGUCAGGUGCACCUGAACGAGACAUUUAUGACGGCGCUAGAUGGACGAUGGCAUUGGCCGAGCUGCGCGCCGCUGCGGGUCGGGUCAGCCAAGUGACCUGAGAUUGAUCCGCGCAGUUGGGUCAGCCGAGUGACCUGAGAUUGACCCGCGCAGUCGGGUCAGCCGAGUGACCUGAGCCCGACCCGCACAGUCUGGUCAGCCGAGUGACCUCUCACCCUGGCAGAUCGAGGACACUGCCGCAGUCACCGACGGGACAGUGUGCGACCGACCGACGGCGAGUGGGGGCACCCGCCACUGUCGCGCAGCCCACCUGAGUCCGCGAAAUCCCCCCCCCCCCCCCCCGUAUGCCUUUGACCACGCCGGAUCGUGCCGGAUCGGAUCAGACCCUCCAUUUCCCAGACCGCUCACUGAUCUGUGCGUGACUACAUAGAGAUAAAUAAAUAAAUAUGGUGUAAAGAA